AUGGCAGCAGUCCUUCUUGUUAAUAUGCUUAUUGCUAUGAUGGGUAAUACAUAUGCUACCGUUAAUGAACGUAAAAAAGAAUGGUUACGACAAUGGGCUAAAAUAAUGUUAAUUGUUGAACAAUCUGUUUCACGAAAAGAACGUUUAGCACAACAAUCGAAUUAUUCAAAAAAAAUGCCUGAUGGUUCACGAGUUUUAGUAACACGUCUUAUACAAACACCCGAUGAACGUAGUAGUAUUGAAACUAUGGGUACACUUUAUUAUGAACAAUUAUUACGACAUUUAGAACCAGAAAAUAUAUCCAUACAAUCAAAAACAAAAUCAAUUGCUGCUAAUUCAGGACAUAGUAUAACAGGAGUUAAAAUUAAACAAGAACUAUUUCGAAAUCAUCAAUUACCGGAUAGUUUUAGUUCAUUUGAUACUACUGCGCUUAUAUAA